GGUGCUACAAAAGCAAAACCGAAGAAGUCACCGGAAGCGGAACUGAGUCGCGGAGUCCUUACAGAGGCGUACGGUCCGCCAUUGUUAAGUAUUCAGUCUAAUGUGAUCACAACACGAAAGAAAACUACUCUUUUCAUCCACGGACUUACGUUCAACUAUUUAUUCGAAGCACGGAUGUGCAGGUGGUUUGGUGUUCCCACGGGAGAACCAUGGAGGUGAGCUUCGCCGGCGAGGUGUCGUCCAUCGUAGAGCUGGCCUUCCAGGCCACCGUGUCCCUCUUCAGGGACGUGUGGGCCAGAGAGGUGCCGGACUCGGAGUGGGAGGACGCCAAGCUCGGUGACGACAUCCAGGAGAUCGAGCGAGGGCUUCUGCUGCAGAUCCAGACCGUCUUCGCCGAGUUCUCCUCCGCCGUGUUGGAGGAGAACGAAGCUUUAAAGGCCAAAGUGGAGCAGCUGGAGGAUGUGGUCCAGACCAAGGCCGGCCAGCUGGAGCAGGAGCUGCAGGUCCGGGUGGGACAGCUGGGGAGAGACAUGAAAGAGCUGGAGCAGGAGCUGAAGAACCUCAGUGAUGGUGGAACACAGCCUGAAGCUCACCUCAGGAUGCAUGAGCGCACCCUGCAAGGAGUCCUAAGUCCCGACCCUUUGACAGACCGCCAGUCUCGAGCCGCCCAGAUGGUCUUGGUGAGCCAGAGCAGCGACGCUCCCACCCUGAUGCUACUGGAAGACGGAGACCACCUCGUCGAGCCAUCCCCGUCUUCCGCCGACGGCGUGGCCCAGCUUAACCUUCCGCCGGCGUCCUCGCCCGGAGACACGGGCCAAGAUGUCCCCAGUUCCGAUUGUUGUUCCAUCAGCACGGAGGACAUGCCACACGAGCAGUGCGCAAUGGACGAGAUCUCUUCAGGACAAGCACCCGGGAACGUGGAGCCCAGCUUCAAAGUUAAAAUAGAGUCACCUGAUAGGACCAUAGACGAGGUGAACUGUGAUCAGGCGGAAGGGCGAAGGCUCAGGAAAAAAGAGCCGCGGCCCAUCAAGAGGUUCUUCUGCGACGAGUGUGACGCCGCCUUCUACUGGCGAGCCGACCUGAAGAAGCACGAGGCGCUCCACAAGAGGCCGUUCCCGUGCGAGCAGUGCGGGAGGAGCUUCCUGGAGCAGAAGUCUUUGGACAACCACCUCCUGCGUCACGAAGAGUCCAAGACGCCGCUGCCCUUCCCGUGCCCGCUGUGCAAGCGUUCGUACCGCAAGGACCAGUCGCUGCAGAACCACCUCAAGUGCCACAAGCGCCACCAGCAGCCCAAGCCCUACACCUGCCAGCACUGCGGCAAGACCUUCCGUGUGGGCCAGUCGCUGGAGAACCACCUGCUGCGCCACGAGAAGUGGAAGGAGAUGCUGAAGUGUCCGCUGUGCGACAAGGCGUGCAAGACCCGCGUGCAGCUGCGGGGUCACAUGGUGGUUCACUCGGAGGAGCGGCCCUUCAGCUGCGCCACCUGCGGCAAGGAGUUCAAGAGCAAGGACACGCUGCGCUUCCACCAGAUGGUGCACACCAGCGACAAGAAGUACAAAUGUCCCGACUGCGAGGAGACCUUCAAGUACGCCCACUCGCUGACGGUGCACAAGAGGAAGCACACGGGCGUCACGCCGUUCGUGUGCGAGGUGUGCAAGCGCCCGUACCGCACCGGCACGGCGCUCAAGCGCCACAGCGCCGUGCACACGGGCGAGAAGCCGUUCACCUGCCACGUGUGCGGCGCCAGCUUCAGCCUCAACAACAACCUGAAGAGACACCUGCGCAUCCACACGGGCGAGAAGCCCUUCAGCUGCCAGGACUGCGGCAAGAGCUUCUCCGACAACAACAAGCUGAAGUCGCACAUGCUGGUGCACGGCGCCAGGAAGCCCUUCAUGUGCGACCUGUGCGGAAAGACCUUCCUCUUCAACUGCCGCCUGCAGAUCCACCUUAAGUACGUGCACGCCGACGGCAAGCCCAAGAAGUUCCCGGCCGCGCAGAGGAACAAGCUGCUGGUCAAGCCCUACAGCUGCAAGAUCUGCCUGAGCAGCUUCAGCGCCGCCUGCUCGCUCAAGCUGCACGAGAAAAGCCACAGCGAGCAGAAGGAGUUCAACUGCGAGCUGUGCGACAAAGCCUUCCACAACAAGUACUCCUUCCGAUACCACCAGAGGAGCCACCUGGGAGAAAAGCCCUUUGUGUGCGAGGUGUGCGGCAAGGGCUUCUUCCAAGCUGGGAGCCUCAAGCAGCACGAGCGCAUUCACACGGGGGAGAAGCCGUACAAGUGCGACCAGUGCGGGAAGGCCUUCCGCACCGACGGCAACUUCUACCGACACGUGCGCAUCCACACGGGGGAGAAGCCCUUCGAGUGCAGCUUCUGCCAGAGGAAGUUCCACCAGUCCAACCAGCUCAAGUCCCACCUGCAGGUCCACACGGGCCAGAAGCUCUACUCCUGCCAGCAGUGCGGACGCGGCUUCUCCGACUCGCGGCAACUCAAGAAGCACAGCUGCGUCGCGCCGCAGGAUGCACCUACGAAAGAGGACACUUCCACGGAUCAAUCAUGUUUGAGAGUGAAGCCAGGAUUGGACAAAGUGGUGGACACGUUGGCUCGGGAGGCCAGCAGAAAGAUCGACGCCGUUUUCCAGCAGCUGUUUGCGGCGGAGAACAAGGAGAAGCUGGCACUUAGGGACAAGGUGUGUCAGCUGGAGUGCGAGCUGAAGGCCCUGACAGACAACUUUGACAAUGCCAGAACGUGGAGAGAAAAUGUUUUGAAUGGAUGCCCUGUGCUGAACGAGCAGACCGGAUGGAUCUUCACCUUGAAGCCCUUUGGGACGCUGGUCAAAUCAGCUGAGGAAGAGUCAGCGGCUGCUGAUGGAGACGGUGGACAGGAUGAAGGUGAUGUCGUCACGACCCUGCCCACUGAGUGUCUCCAAGCUGCGGUCCAGAAGAAGGUCUUUGAAUGUGACGUGUGCAGCAAGAGCUUCAGCCGCCAGCUUCACCUGACGAAGCACGCGGACACCCACAAGGAGCCCUCCACCUGUCCCCGCUGCCCCAGGACCUUCCGCAACGCAGCCACGUUGGAGCGCCACCUGCUGCGGCACGAGGAGAGGGAGCGGCAGAGCUUCGCGUGCGCGAUCUGUGAGAAGGCGUUCAAGAGCAAGAUGCUCCUCAAGUCCCACGAACUGGUCCACCGAGACGCCCGGCCCUUCGCCUGCGCCACCUGCGGCAAGGCCUUCAAGAGCCGCCAGCGCCUACAGGCCCACUGCGUGGUCCACAGCGCCGACAAACCGCACAAGUGCGAGGAGUGUGGCGAGGGCUUCCGCUACGCCGUGGCGCUGCGCGGCCACCGUAGCGUCCACACAGGCGAGUAUCCUCACAAGUGCGGCGUGUGUGGCAAGGCCUUCGCCAAGAAGCGCUCGCUGGGCACGCACAUGGCCGUGCACCGGGGGAAGAUGUUCACGUGCGAGACGUGCGGCGCCGGCUUCACACUGCGGCAGAACCUCAAGCGGCACUCCCGCAUCCAUACAGGAGAGCGUCCGUUCAAAUGCCACGUGUGCGGCGUGAGCUUCGUGCAGGACAAGCUGAAAGCCCACAUGCUGCUCCACGGCGCAUCCAAGACCUUCAUGUGCGACCUCUGUGGAAAGACUUUCCUCUACAACUGCCAGCUCCAGAAGCACCAGCAGCUGGUCCACCUACCGGGGGACGGCCACGGCCAGGCGGCGCGCAGGCGGGCAGGUGCGCGUGCGUCCCGCACGGUAAUCUUCCGGCGGGACAGGACCACAGUGGAGGUGACGCCCUUCACCUGCCAGACUUGCCAGCGGGGCUUCCACUCGGCGGCCUCCCUCAAGAAACACGAGCAGGUGCACGCGGGCCGCACGCCGUACACCUGCCACGUGUGCGGCAAGGCCUUCCUCUACAAAGCCACCUUCGACUACCACCUGAGGACGCACUCGGGGGAGCGGCCCUAUGCCUGCGACGUGUGCGGCAAGACCUUCAUCAUCCAGCACGCCCUCAAGUCGCACAAACUGCAGCACACGGGCGAGAAGCCUCACAGGUGCGAGCAUUGCGGGAAGGCCUUCCGGGUCUACACCAACUACCGCCGACACCUGAGGAUCCACACGGGCGAGAAGCCGUACCAGUGCGAGGUGUGCGGCGUGCGCUUCCGGCAGCUCGGCCACGUCAAGUUCCACAUGCAGGUGCACACGGGGGAGCGGCCCUACGUCUGCCACACCUGUGGGCUCGGCUUCUCCGACUCCAGGCAGCUCAAGAGACACGACUGCGCCCAGAACGUGCUGGUGACCUCGUACACAUUCCAGUUUCUAAUCCUGUUUGCGCAGCAACAUGUCAUCAAUUUGUAUGCGUUUAAGGAGUGCUGCUUGAGGUUUUGUUUCAUAAUGUCAGACUUGGAGGUGCGGGUGGUGUCCAUUUUGCAGCAAAUGGUUGACGCUACAGUGAGUGAAAUGAAAAAAGUUAUCGGUGCUUCAAUGAGGAAGAGUCCACAAAACGAGUUACGAAGCGAGGACAAUAACGUGCAAGUGUCUUCUGGCGAUGAGGUGGUCUUUCCUCUCAGCACAUUCAUUACGUCUCUGGCCCAAGAGGUGGUGGAGAAGAUCUGCCAGCUUUUCUACGAAUGUUCUUCUCUGGUGCACUUUGACGCGUUGCAGGGCGAAGCUGAGGUGGAGGAGCUGAGGAAGAAGCUGCACGCGGCAGAGACCGACCUGAGUCUGUUGCUGACAGUAGGUCGCGUAGAGGAGACGGAGGAAGUGGAAGUCACCCUCACCGAAGAAGAGGACGCCAGCUCCCUGCAGCAUUCAAAAAACAAGCGUGGCCGAGCUGGUGGCGUCUGUGGGGUCAAGAGGUCCCCCAAGGGCAGAACGUACAAGGAGAGUGUCCAUCUCGCACCAAUAGAGGACACGUGUGUUGUUGACCAGAGUUUAGAAGACACAGACGCCCACAUUCAGCAGGAAGAUGCAAGUACUGCAGGACACACAGGAACAUCCAAGCGUGCAGUCAGAGCGCGCCAACGCGUUUGCAGACGUGGCCUCACAUACAGCUGCCAGAUCUGCCACAAGAGCUUCAGCAUGAACUGCAACCUGCAGCGCCACCUGCGCAUCCACACGGGGGCGAAGCCGUUCAGCUGCGACACCUGCGGCAAAAGCUUCAACCAGUCGAGCACAUUGAAAAGUCACCGGAGGAUCCACACAGGCGAGCGGCCCUUUGUCUGCAACACCUGCGGCAAGGCCUUCAUCCAGUCGGAAGCGUUGAAGAGUCACCAGAGGAUCCACACGGGCGAGCGGCCCUUCGUCUGCAACACCUGCGGCAAGGCCUUCACCCAGAAGAGCGCCCUGAGAACACACCAGAAGUUGACCCACAUCACAGACAAGAAUCAGGCCUGUGUGGCGUGCGGCACCGCCAUGUCCUGCGUCGAUCUGCUGGACGUCCACCUAGAAACGCACCACGCCAGCGUUCCGUGCGAGUGCGUUCUCUGCGGCCUAAAAUUGGGCUCCGUCAUGGAGCUUCGCUCGCAUCAGCAAGGCCACAUGAUGGACAAGCUGCACACCUGCGGCCUUUGCGGGAAGAGCUUCAAAUCACCAAGUUACUUAAAGAGUCACCUGAAGAUGCACAGCGGUGAAAAGGUUUUCUCCUGCGACAUCUGCCUACGCCCCUUCACGCAGAAUAGCAGCCUCAAGUUACAUCAGUUGUUGCACACGGGAGAGAAACCCUUCGGCUGCGACACGUGCGACAAGCGCUUCAGCAAUCUGGGCAACCGGAACCGCCACCUGCGCAUCCACACAGGGGAGAAACCGUACAGCUGCAACACAUGUGGCCGCCGCUUCAACCAGAGCAACAGCCUGAAGGCACACCAACAGAUCCACAAGGGCCAGAAGCCAUUUAUUUGUGACAAGUGUGGCAAGGUCUUUGCCUACAUGAGGAACCUGAGGGACCACAAGUGCUUCUACGUGUGACCCCGCCUACACUCUCUGGAAAGGUUAUCAUACAAUUUUUACAGAAAUGACUUCAUCGUCACCGUUUUUAAUGAUUGCUACACCAAAAUACCUUCUGGUGCUGUUUUGGAAUGUCCAAAAAUUAAGAUAGCUGGGCCAAAAUCUGUGAUGGCUUUAAUUGAAUGUAGGACUAACUAGUACUACUACUAUAAUUUAUCUUUUGUGCAAUUUAAGAAGUGUGAAUGUUUCACACAGCAUUUGCUUGUGCAACAUUAAAGCAACAAGACCUUCA